AACUGCAGCCACGCGAGGGAGGCGCAAACAUGAAACUAUUUCCGGCUGUAGGAUUCAUAAAGCAGGCCCGGUCAGUAACUUCUGCUUACAUUCUCUAUAAGAUAUCAAAACACGACCUAAUUUUUGAGUGGGAAUUCACAGAACACGAAGCCCUACAAACCCAGACAGACCAUCAUGAUCUUGGACAAAGUCGAUUUAUCGCAUAUCGCAAGUGCAUUCAAGUUGCGUGGCUACAGCAGCUGUAGUCCUGCCAGUUUGUCUAUACCAACUAGCAAAGGACCAGAUGCCGCAUCACGGGAAAGAGACAUGUUCGAAAGGGCGAAACAAAGGCGUCGCGCGGACGCAGAACAAGCAAGAAUGAAGCUGGCGAAGAAAGAUGCACGACUACGAAUUCGACAAUUCGAGGACCAACGUCGCAAGGAAGACUUUGAGAUCUGUACUCCAAAGCCAUCUUCAGAAACCACCGAAGUCGAUUCAGGAGUAUUCGUCUUCGAAGAUCCAAAGACUACAGCAAGCAAUGCCGAAAUCGUCUCCAAAAUUGUGUCGAAAUGGCGAGCCAGAGCCCGAUGGUCGAAAGCACUGCAGAAAGUCAGAAGUAUGAGUUCAGGAAGCUCCAAUAUUUCUCCCUCAGGUCGUCCGACGCUCAAACAACCCGAUCUGCUGUGUCCAGGUACCCCGACAAGGACUCGGGCGUCGUCUACCAGUUCCAUGAUGAGCCCUCGUACUCAGAUACUUCUCUCUUGAAGUAUCACACGAAUGACUUGCUGUCGCCGCUCACUCCAAGAAGAGCUCGCGCAUCAUCCACAGACUCUGUCAGGCUGGUUGUGACAUGAUGAAAGAAAGGAAUGGGUUGCAUGUAUAUAAUCAAUAAUCAAUAACGAUAUUAUGAUCAAAGGACGAUUAAACCGAC